GGGUCACCAGCGGGUGAAAGGUCAGAGUUGGUCGCUCAAAGAAACCCCCAUGAUUCCUAUAUGCCCAGUCGUUUCUUUCACCUACGUGCCCGGCCGGCUCGGCGAAGAUGCCAAAAUGGCUACCAGUAACUACUUUGGAUUUACCCAUGGUGGUGCUGCACAGUACAGCCAACAGCCGGCCACUGGCAUCGCAUACUCCCAUCCCACCACAGCUGGCAGCUACACUGUCCAUCAGGCCCCAGUAGCUGCUCACGCUGUGACUGCAGCUUAUGCUCCUGCCGCUGCUGCUUCAGCAGCCAGGCCAGUUCCAGCUGCUGCAGCAGCUGCUGUUGCCACAGCUGCCUAUGGGGGGUAUCAGACUGCACACACAGCAGCAGACUACGGAUAUGCACAACGGCAGCAAGAAGCCCCUCCACCGCCGCCGCCAGUCACCACACAGAACUACCAGGAUACCUAUACAUACGUGAGAUCCACAGCACCAGCUCUCGCCUAUGACAGUAAACAAUACUAUCCGCAGCCUACUGCUGCGGCUCAGCCACAACCCACUGCAGCAGAAGCUUACUACCAAGCUGCUGCAAAGGCGGGAUAUAGCCAAGCUGCAACACAAUACACCCAGGCACAACCGACUCGCCAGGUCACGGCAAUAAAACCAGCUGCACCCAACCCAGCGACGACCACCUUCACUGUUUAUCCUGUCUCCACCACCGUGCAGCCAGCUGCAGCAGCUGCUGCAGCCGCCGCAGCCACUGUGGUGCCAUCCUACACUCAAAGUGGUACGUACGGCUCAACCGCUGUGACUUACACUGGGGCUACGUAUGCUGGAUAUGAAGCUGCAGUGUAUUCUGCUGCAUCGUCCUAUUACCAACAGCAACAGCAGCAACAACAGAAACAAGCAGCAGCUUGGGCUGGGACCACUUUCACCAAGAAAGUGCCAUUUCAGAAUAAACAGAAACCAAAGCAGCCACCCAAACAGCCUCAGAUCCAUUACUGUGAUGUUUGCAAGAUUAGUUGUGCUGGGCCACAGACCUACAGAGAACAUUUGGAAGGGCAAAAACACAAGAAGAAGGAAGCUGCUCUGAAAUCCACGAACCAGAGUAGUAGCACAGGAGUGGCUCGAGGUGUUCAGAAUCAGCUGCGUUGUGAGCUCUGUGACGUUUCUUGCACCGGUGCAGACGCUUAUGCAGCUCAUAUUCGUGGAGCAAAACACCAGAAGGUAGUCAAAUUGCAUACCAAGCUCGGCAAGCCUAUUCCAUCAACAGAACCAAGCGUGGUGAGCCAAACCGCCACAACAACAAUGACUGGAGCCUCCAGCAAGCCGACUGCUCCAAACCCUCCCACAGGGACCAGCAGCACUGCUGCUGCUGCUGCUACUGUUAAUGCUACUGUUCCCACUGUUGCUCCAGCAAAGUCCAACCCUGUGACUGCUGGACCUGUCAAUAAUGCUGCUAACAAACUGGUUGCUCCUAAAAAAGCAACAACACCGAAGAUAACCUUUGUAGGGGGUAACAAGUUGCAAACCACAGGGCCGAAAAAUGAGGAGGUCAAAGCAGCUGAAGUCAGGGUGACUUCACCACCUAUUCAAGAGAUGAAACCUGAGCCAGCGGUGGAGCCGAUGACCACACUUGCUUCAUUGCAGAACGACGUCCAACCUGUUGGUCAUGAUUACGUAGAAGAGGUUCGAAAUGAUGAAGGAAAAGUGAUUCGCUUCCACUGCAAAUUAUGUGAAUGCAGCUUUAACGAUCCUAAUGCAAAGGAAAUGCACCUGAAAGGAAGAAGACAUCGACUGCAGUAUAAGAAAAAAGUAAAUCCGGAAUUGCAAGUGGAAGUAAAACCAAGCAUUCGAGCAAGAAAAAUCCAAGAAGAAAAGAUGAGAAAACAAAUGCAAAAGGAAGAAUACUGGAGAAGAAGGGAGGAGGAGGAGCGCUGGCGCAUGGAAAUGCGAAGGUAUGAAGAGGAUAUCUAUUGGAGGCGAGUGGAAGAGGAACAUCAUUACUGGGACGAUCGCCGCAGAAUGGGUGAUGGGUAUCCUCCAGGCUUGCUUGGAGUUCGACCAGGAAUGUUACAGCCCCAAGGACCACUGCCUCCUAGGCGUCCAGAUUCCUCAGAUGAUCGCUAUGUGAUGACCAAGCAUGCUGCCAUCUAUCCAACUGAGGAAGAGCUGCAAGCGGUCCAGAAGAUUGUCUCACAUACUGAGCGUGCUCUUAAACUUGUAUCUGACUUCAUCACAGAGCAAGAUAAACCAAAGAAAGAGGAAGAAAAGAAGGAAAUUAGCAAAGAGAGGGAUGAAAACCAGAGAGCCUUGAAGGGGGUAAUGCGUGUCGGUGUACUCGCUAAAGGAUUGCUCUUGCGCGGAGACAAGAAUGUGAAUCUAGUGCUGCUUUGUGCAGAGAAACCGACCGGAGCUCUACUGAAUCGCAUUGCAGAGAACUUGCCAAAACAAAUAGCGGUAACAACCCCUGAGAAAUAUGAAGUGAAAUGCUGCAUACCGGAAGCAUCCAUAGUUCUGUCCUCGUGUACAGAACCCAAAAUGCAAGUCACCAUCACUCUUACAUCCCCAAUCAUUAGAGAGGAGAACAUGAGGGAUGGAGAUGUCACCUCGGUUAUGGUGAAAGACCCACCGAACGUCUUGGACAGGCAAAAAUGCCUUGACGCUCUGGCUGCUCUCCGCCACGCUAAGUGGUUCCAGGCUAGAGCCAAUGGUCUCCAAUCCUGCGUGAUUAUUAUUCGCAUUCUUCGUGACCUCUGCCAGCGUGUACCAACCUGGGGAGUUUUGCCAGGCUGGGCCAUGGAGUUGCUGGUGGAAAAGGUAAUCAGCAGUGCUUCUGGACCUCUUAGCCCUGGUGAUGCCAUGAGGAGAGUUUUUGAAUGCGUUGCUUCUGGAAUACUCUUAUCAGGUGGUCCUGGAUUAUAUGACCCAUGUGAAAAGAAUCCCAGUGACACACUGACUUCAGUGGCUGCACAACAGCGGGAAGAUAUCACAGCCAGUGCACAGUUUGCGUUGAGAUUGGUAGCAUUCCGACAGAUUCACAAAGUCCUGGGAAUGGAUCCAUUACCUCAGACAAAUCCACGUUUCAGUGUUCGCAACCGCAAGAGGAGAAGGGACAACAGUGAUGGCACUGAUGGAUUGGAAGCGGAGGGAAAGAAGGAUAAAAAAGAUUUUGAUGGUGGCGAGUUUUAAUGUUCUCCUUAGUAGCCCCCCCCCACCCGCGUCUAUCCCCAGAUUAAUACGGUAUUGACCUUCUUGGACUUAACAGAAAACAAUGUCUGACUUACAAUAAAAAGUGCUUCUGUUUUACUUUAAAUAGUUAUGAUAAAUGUAAAUAAAGCACACCCAUUUUACACCUUAGUGGCAUGUUGUCAUACUCAUAUUUAAACAUAAUUGUUAGUGGUCCCACUGUGACCUAUUUAAAUACUCAGCUAAACUGUAUGUGGUUUUUCUUUGUUUUUUUUUCUCCCUUUCUAUUGCCUAGUUAGCACUAAACCACAUUGUGUAGAAAUGCUUUUGUAAUCAGACAUUGCCUUGUUGUUGUAUCUGGUCUCGUUUAGUAAGUGUAAAGAGUACAUGGGUGUGUGCAUUCUAACAAAUCCUGAAGGUGACCCAAACUAUGGACUUGAAGGUCAAUACUGUAACUUCAGUUCAACUAAACUCUAUAAGCUUUUGCAGAGCCUGUGACUUGUCUGAUAAGUAAAGUAUGACGAUGUAUGUGAAUAAGAACCCGUUUCUUCUGUUACCCAAAGUUAGUUCAUUGUUAGCUGUGCAUCAGCAAAAGAGAAAAACAGUUCUGUGUAUGGGCUUGCCAGCAAUUUUAAUGCAGUGAUUUUACAUUCAUAUCUAGGAAACCCGCUUGCAUGACUGAGUUAAAGCUGAAAAAGGUUUGUGUUGUAGAAAUGCUUUUAUAAAACUAACAAUUUGCUUGUUUUGUUUUCAAUGUGUAGUUUGUUUUUAUGGUUUAAAUAUUAUGUAGUGAUUAUAAGCUUGUAUGCCGUUAACGUGUUGAGGCAGUUCUGUUGUACCUAAGGUGGAACUGUAACCCAUGGUGUAUACUUUGAUGGCUGUCGAUUCCUACCACCACAAUAAAACUUAACAGAGGAAAA